AUGACUUCGAGUAUGUUUGCCGGAGCGAUUAGCUCCUCGGAAAGUGACUACGAUGAUGAGCCAGUGCAACGGGUUGAAAACCGUUUUACGCGUUAUCAGAGUGAUGAGGAGGAGGAAGGAAAGCGUGUGGUCAAGAGUGCUCGGGAUAAGCGCAAAUCGGUAAAAAUGAACGAAAUGGAUGGAACACCGGCAUUCUAUGUGCGCUGUAUAGCCGAAUUGGAAGAUUUCGUGAAUGCUUCGUGGGAAAAGAAACGAGAAUUGAGCAAAAGCGCCGCACGGGCACUGACGGUGUUGAAACAGCGCGUGAAAAAAUACAAUCGAGAUUUUGAAGGAAUUAUUAAAGAUUUUCGUGAGCAUCCAGAGAAUUAUCAGGAAGAAGAAACAGCGGAACAAUCAGAAGAAGAGGAAGAAGACAGCGAGGAGGAACAGCCACCCGCCAAGACCGCUGCCGCUGCUCCCAGUGCAGAAAAGAAGCCGACUCGCAAAGCGGCUGAGUCCGAUUUCGAUUCCGGUGAAUCUGGCGAGGAAGGCGAGGAUGCCGAGGAGGACAGUGACAGUGACGAUUUUUGGGACAGUGACAGUUCCAGUUCGAGCAGUAUUGGAGUUGACCGGGCCAUGUUCCAACAGGAUCCAUCCGCGUACUUCCUGAAGAAAACGACCGAUGAAAAAGAGAAAGAUAAAAUCAAAGUGAAAAAGCCGAUCAAAGAACGUCCAGCCAAAAAACAGUCCAAAGUGCCGGAUGCCCUCGAUGCGGAUGGAGCAUGGACCACUGUGGACAAUUUGGGACGGGCUGAACCGACUAUUCAAGCUUUUGAAAAGGGAAUGGAGAUCACUCACGAGGUGGUAGUGAAAAAACUGAACGAGAUUUUAGCAAGCCGAGGCAAGAAAGGAACCAGUGUGGCUGAACAGCUCACCCUGUUACUCCAAGUUGAGGAAAAGAUUGUCGAAUUGAAAUUGUCCGUUGGACUGCACGCCAAAGUGCUUAUGUCCCUAAUCAGCGUGCUGUUUGAUUACGAUCGGAAAAAUGCCCCAUGCAUGUCGGCCACGCUGUUUGAUCGGCUGAUCACAACAUUUGAUCGACUUUUCGAUUUGUUGGAAGUGAACGACAUCCAAAUGGUUGUCCCCGACACGACCAUCGACACAGUCGAAUCACUCGAGAAUCCCCCAUUUCUGAUCUGUGGCUCGGUCCUCACCAAUGUCACCCUUCUGGACGGGGAGUGCACCAAAGUUUUGCAAAAUGCCAACGGUCACGAAUUGGAAUAUGUGGACCGGCUACGUGAUGAACGUCGUGUUUGUGGUGUUCUGGAUCGGUUGUGUAAUUAUCUGGAAAAGAAAGAAGCGUCACCGAACGACUUAUGCGCGGCCUAUUUGUUAAAAGUAGAACAUAUUUACUACAAAUUCGAUUAUGAAUGGGCCCGACGUGUGGAGAAUGAAGGUUUGGAAACCGUGGGCGAAAACGAGGCGACACCCAUGAUCGAGCGUCUGUGUAAAUACAUCUAUUCUCAUGAUCGUACAAAUCGACUGCGCACUCGGGCCAUUCUCUGUCAUAUCUACCAUCUGGCUCUGUACGACAAUUGGUACAAAGCGCGGGAUCUGAUGCUCAUGUCCAAUUUACAGUCGUCGAUUGAACAAGCGGAUCAGUCAACUAUGAUCCUGUACAAUCGGGCAAUCGUCCAACUCGGAUUGGCUGCAUUCCGUCAAGGUCAUAUCCGGGAAACGCUGAACGCUCUGGCUGAUUUGGUUGGUUCCGGUCGGAUUCGGGAACUGCUGGCGCAGGGUUUGCACGGUCCAACGCGGUACGAACGAAGCCCGGAAGAGGAGAAACGGGAACAAGCCUUGCAAGUCCCCUAUCACAUGUAUAUCAACACGGAGUUGUUGGAAUGUGUGUAUCAUGUGUCUGCCAUGCUUUUGGAAAUUCCCAAUCUGGCUGCCCAUGAAACCGACCUCCGCUGGCGUCCGAUUAGCAAACCGUUCCAUUUGGCUCUUCGUGUCCACGAUCGAGCCACAUUGGUUGGUCCACCGGAGACCCCACGCGAUCAUGUGCUCGCAGCCGCGAAAGCAAUGCGCUAUGGUAACUGGAAACAAUGCACGCAGUACAUUAUCAACCCGAAAAUGGAUGCCAAGAUUUGGGAUCUGUUCUUCCAAUCCAAACGUGUCAAAACCCAUUUGGAAAGUCGAAUCAAAGAGGAGUCGUUACGCAGUUUUCUGUUCACCUACAGCGCCAUUCACGACUCGAUCAGUUUGGACCGGUUGGCCGAAUACUUUGAGAUGCCCAAAUCCACGGUCUAUUCCAUUGUGAGCAAAAUGAUCAUCAACCAAGAAUUGGCGGCUUCACUUGAAGUGCCUAGUGAUUUGUUAAUCAUGCACAAGACCGAACGAUCUCGUUUGCAAACGUUGGCCUUACAGUUGAGCGAGAAAGUGAACAGCAUUGUGGAAAUGAAUGAGAAGCUGAUCGAAAGUCGCAGUGGCGGUGGUCUAAUCGGAUCCAAAGGUAAGCAUGCAUGUUCCCUUCGGUGGCCUUAUUGGNUUGGUCGGAAUAUUGAUGCAAUUAUUCGCAAUCCGAAACUGGACGUGUUUUUGGCCUGUCCGGUCGCUUUUGACGGUACGUCUCCUGACUUCAUCCGACUAUAUUCUCUUGGGUCUUCUAAUCAUCAUGAGUUUCCCGAUUUCGAUGGCGGUGGUUUUUGUGGUGGUGGUGGUGGUGGUCGCGGUGAAUUAUUCACUCGGGAAUGA